CUCUCUCCACUUUUCCUUCUCUCUUCCACAGAUCUAUCGCCUCUCUUCUCUGUCUCUCUCUCUCUUACUGUUCUGAUUCUGGUUUUGUUUUUGGGUUCUUAGUUAAAGAAGGUGGGGGAGGCUGAAGAAGCUUGAUGGUGGUGGUCUCAACCACGACAAUGGUGGGUGACGACCAUGGCGGUCUCGUUAAACACAACUCUUCCCCAAUCUUCUCUGAGUCUGUGCUGUAGCAUCAAGAUUUACUCUGGCUUGAAGCCUCAAUCUGCAAAUGUGGUGUGGAGAUGGCAGAUGAAGCUAGCGGUAGUGGUAGAGAUGGAGCCGAGCAAGAAGAGAAACAGAAAAGUGGUCGUGAGCAGUCAUGGCAGAUGAGAAAGCUUGAUGGUGGUGGAGUAGCAGAGACAAUAGUGAUUUUGACGGUGGCUGUUCAAAGACGAUGCGGCAGAAGACGAAGAAAUAAGUUGACGGCGACAAGUUUAGACUUUAGAUGUAGGGUUAAUUUUUUUUUGGUUAAGCUGUUUCAUGUUUAGAUUAGUAAACCGGGUCAGGUUUACUUAUUUUUAUUUUUAAAUUUGGUUUAGUUUUGUUGUACAGAUUUUGUUUGUAUACUUACUUUUAUUAAAAUUUAAUCUUUCAUGAA